AUGGCCCCCAGGUCCGCAUUGAGCCGCCCUGUCCUCCGUGCCCUUUCGGCGCGGCCCGCCCCCGUCCCAUCCUCCUCCACCACCGCCAUCUCCACGCCAUCCGCCCGUCUCCACGCCGUCGGGCCUCGUCGCUUUUCUGUCCUGAACCGCCCCUCGCCCGCCUACCCUGGCCAUGUCCCACUGACUGCCGUCGAGCGUGGUGCCCUCGCCGUCGGCUCCGCCCUCUGGUCCUUGGUUGAUCCGCGACGCGGUGAUUUGAUCGCGGCGUGCGGCGAGGCGACGGCCCAGCCUUACUUCAUCUACCGCCUGCGCGACGCCAUGUUACGCGACCCGACGGGCCGCCGGAUCCUGCGCGACCGCCCCCGCAUCACGUCCAAGACGAUGAGCGUCGAAUACCUGCGCAGCUUGCCGGAGAACAGUGUAGGGAGGGCCUAUGUGGGCUGGCUGGAUCGGGAGGGUGUGAGUCCAGACACGCGCAGUGCGGUGCGCUACAUUGACGACGAGGAGUGCGCCUACGUUAUGCAGCGUUAUCGUGAAUGUCACGACUUCUAUCACGCACUAGUCGGUCUGCCGGUGUUUCGCGAGGGCGAGGUCGCACUCAAGGCGUUUGAGUUUGCCAACACGCUUCUGCCCAUGACCGGGCUGGCGAUAGGGGCAGCUUUCACUAUGAAGCCUAAAGAAAGGGAGAGGUUUUGGAGCGUAUAUGGGCCGUGGGCAGUGGAGAACGGGCUCAGGAGUAAGGAGGUAAUUAACGUAUAUUGGGAGGAGUGCCUAGAAAUGGACGUGGACGAUCUGCGCACGCAACUGGGUAUCCAGAAGCCCCCGGAUCUGCGGGAUAUUAGGAGGCAGGAGAAGGAAAGGAGGAAGGCGGAGAAGGCGGCACAAGAGGUGGCGAAGCAACAAGCCGUAUAA